UUGUUUGAAGCAACUUUUGGUCGGAACUGUCAGCAGAACGAAGGAGCCGACUCUACCCGUCCGCCGCUUCCUUCUCUUCCUCUCUGCUUGUUUCUCCACAAAACAUUUUCCUGGAAAAAGAAAAACGAUAGCAGCAGGCAUAGAUGGCUGCGCAAAAGGAGCUUCUGGUAAGCUCCAAAGCGGAGCUUAAACGGAAACAAAAAGAAAAGAAAAAGGCCAAAUCAGGCGGAUUCGAGUCGCUGAACCUAAGCCCUAAUGUCUACAGAGGAAUCAAGCGGAAGGGGUACAAAGUCCCUACUCCAAUUCAGCGCAAGACCAUGCCGCUUAUUCUUGCUGGAAACGACGUCGUUGCCAUGGCACGGACAGGUUCGGGGAAAACGGCGGCGUUUCUGGUGCCGAUGCUGGAGAAGCUGAAGCAGCACGUGCCUCAGGGCGGUGUCCGAGCCCUUAUUUUAUCUCCAACUAGAGAUCUGGCCCUGCAGACAUUGAAGUUCACCAAGGAAUUGGGAAAAUUUACAGAUCUUUGUAUUAGUUUGCUUGUUGGCGGUGAUAGCAUGGAAAACCAGUUUGAAGAGUUAGCACAGAACCCUGAUAUUAUUAUUGCUACUCCUGGUAGACUGAUGCACCAUCUAACAGAAGUUGACGAUAUGUCACUUCGUACAGUGGAAUAUGUGGUCUUUGAUGAAGCAGAUUCUCUCUUUGGCAUGGGUUUUGCUGAACAAUUGAAUAAAAUCCUUACCCAGCUUAGUGAAAACCGUCAGACCUUGCUCUUUAGUGCAACAUUACCGAGUGCCCUUGCUGAGUUUGCGAAGGCUGGUCUGCGAGACCCUCAGCUUGUGCGGCUUGAUUUGGAAACCAAGAUUAGCCCUGACCUAAAGCUUAUGUUUUUCACCUUACGCCAGGAAGAAAAACAUGCAGCAUUGUUGUAUUUGGUAAGGGACCAUAUCAGUUCUGAUCAGCAAACUUUGAUAUUUGUUUCUACAAAACAUCAUGUGGAGUUCCUUAAUAUUUUGUUUAGAGAAGAGGGUAUCGAGCCUUCUGUAUGUUAUGGUGAUAUGGAUCAAGAUGCUCGGAAAAUUAAUAUAUCAAAAUUCAGAUCUAGAAAAACUAUGUUGCUUGUUGUGACAGAUGUUGCAGCUAGGGGAAUCGACAUACCUUUACUUGAUAAUGUCAUCAACUGGGACUUCCCUCCAAAACCCAAAAUUUUUGUUCAUCGAGUGGGACGAGCAGCAAGGGCAGGUCGGACUGGUACUGCAUUUUCCUUUGUGACAUCUGAGGAUUUUCCAUACCUUCUAGAUCUGCAUCUAUUUCUCUCAAGACCAAUCAGGGCUGCACCUACUGAAGAGGAGGUUUUGCAGGAUAUGGAUGGAGUAAUGAAUAAAAUUGAUCAAGCAAUUACAAAUGGAGAAACUGUUUAUGGGCGUUUCCCUCAAAAAAUUAUUGAUCUUGUUUCAGAUAGGGUUAGGGAAAUGAUUGAUUCAUCUGCUGAACUGAAUAAUUUGCAAAAAACCUGUACAAAUGCUUUUCGCUUGUAUUCAAAGACUAAACCUUUACCUGCACGGGAGUCCAUUAAAAGAGCAAAGGAUUUGCCUCGUGAAGGGUUGCAUCCAAUCUUCAAAAACAUUCUGGAAGGAGGUGAAUUGGUGGCACUUGCAUUUUCUGAACGCUUGAAGGCUUUCAGACCCAAGCAGACCAUUCUGGAAGCUGAAGGUGAAGCUGCUAAAUCAAAGCAUUCGCAGGGUUCCUCUAGUCAGUGGGUCGAUGUGAUGAAGAAGAAGAGAGCUAUACAUGAGGAGAUAAUUAAUUUGGUUCAUAAGCAGCGCUCUAGCAAUCAUGUGGACAAGGAAGAUCAAUCUGAAGUUACUGCUUCGAAGAUCAAGGAGAUAAAAGAAGCUCGUGGUUCUAAAAGAAAGGCAACAAACUUCAAGGAUGAGGAGUAUUAUAUAAGUGCUGUGCCAACAAAUCAUCAUAUGGAGGCUGGUCUCUCAGUAAGAAGUAAUGAAGGGUUUGGAUCACAUAGGUUGGAUUCUGCUGUCCUGGAUCUUGUUGCUGAUGAUAGUGAAGGUUUGCAGAAACAAAAAACCAGAUUUCAUUGGGAUAAGAGGAGUAAAAAGUAUGUCAAAUUGAAUAAUGGUGAACGUGUUACAGCUAGUGGAAAGGUUAAGACGGAGAGUGGUGCAAAAGUAAAAGCUCUGAAAACAGGAAUAUACAAGAAGUGGAAAGAACGAUCUCACAGAAAAGUAUCUCUCAAAGGAACAAGUAAUGGAGAGAAUGCUGAGACAGCAAACUCAUCAGGAGACUAUCGAUUACGAGGUAAUGCUAGAAAGUUUAGAGGGAACAAGAAAUCACAGCACUCUGUGCCUAAUGCUCAUGUGCGUUCAGAAAUUAAAGAUCUUGAACAGGUGCGAAAGGAAAGGCAGAAAAAGGCAAAUAAGAUGUCAUUAAUGAAGGGCAAAGGCAACAAGAACAAAGGUAAAAAAUCUGGUAGAAGUGGUAAAAGAGGAAAGUCCAAGUAGCAGAAGCUUGUGGGAUUCGAUUGCCAAGAGAUCAUUGCAGAGUCGUUGAGAGCAGAUGACAUAUGAUAUAAGGUGGUUACUAGCAAAAAGUUUUGAGCUUCCAACAAUUGUUUUAAUGGCACAGCUGAUGCUCAUUCUCUUUCAUUAUAUCCAGUUAUAUGGGAUGUGUUUAUAUAUAUGCCACACAAGGCUUUUUUCCCUCUUCAAGUAAGGGCAUGUUUAUCCUCUGUACCUUUUGCUCACAUAAAUGGCAUUGUUUGGUUCAUUUGUAAGUGUUGUUGGAAUGACUAUUUUUGGAGAAACUGGGAAAUGGUUAUUACCGAAUAGGCAAAAAAAUUAUGUAGACAAAAUUACUUUUAAUCAUUUUGUAAAAUUAUUACUUUCAUAUAAGUAUUCAACUCUAGCAUCUAAAA